GAGACCGGAAGCAGCCAUCUUAGGCCCAGUGAGGCACUAGUGACACUGUUGCUGCUCUCCUCGUUCCUCCUGUCCACCCACCACCACAAUGACACUCUAGUGGCACUCCUCCUGGCAUGCAGCUGCUCCACUGUGCUGUAACUAGGCGUUAAAAGAGUGUAGUUAGAAGAGAAGAGAGAGUGUGUGGACCGCCCUGUGUCACGGCGCUCUCAACACCGCCUCCACAAACCAACAAUUAUGGGACCUGUCAAUCUAUGAGGGAGGAACUACGUCGUCUCUCAGGUCGCUGAGAGUUGUGUCAGCUCAAGAGGGUGCUGUUGGACAAGAUGAAGAAGCUGUUUCAGAGGAUAGACCAGUCUAACAAGGACCAGAGCCACACCACCUUCAUAGGCAAGGUGUUUGUGGUGGGUCGUAAUACUGUCACCGUUGAGGAGGUCAUUGCUGAGGGAGGAUUUGCCUUAGUUUUCUUGGUAAAAGGCAGCAGCGGAGUUCGCUAUGCUCUCAAGCGACUCUAUGUCAACAACGAACAUGAUCUGGAGGUGGCCCGAAAUGAGAUCAACAUCGCUAAAAUGCUUAAUGGUCCAAGGACAGUGGUGGGCUAUGUUGACUCUGGCGUCACACACAUUGGAAGCGGCGUCUACGAGGUCCUCCUCCUUAUGACCUACUGUAGAAAACACCUCCUCCACCUAAUGAACGACAGGAUCAACUCAGGCUUAACAGAGGCUGAGGUCCUCAAAAUUUUCUGUGAUGUAUGUGAUGCAGUGUCUAGGCUGCAUCAUGUCAACCCUCCCAUCAUUCAUCGAGAUUUAAAGGUUGAAAAUAUUCUUAUUAGUAGUGAAGGCAACUAUGUUUUAUGUGACUUUGGUUCUGCUACUGCCCGAGUGUUGUGUGGGACGAUCGACGGCAUAUCAAGAGUCGAGGAAGAAAUUCAGAGGUACACGACACUGGCAUACCGUGCUCCUGAGAUGAUUGACUUGUACCUUGGUCGACCCAUCACCACAAAGUCAGAUAUAUGGGCCUUGGGGUGUAUGUUAUACAAGCUUUGUUUCUUUACUUUACCAUUUGCCGAGAGUCCGCUGGCUAUCUCUUCAGGGAAUUUUAAUAUCCCAGAUAACGCAAGAUUCUCCAAGCACUUACAAGCACUUAUGCGUUACAUGUUGGACCCAGAUCCAGACACACGGCCAGACAUUUACCAGGUGGCCAGCCUCACAUUCAAGUUAGCUGGAAGAGAAUGUCCUGUGAGAAAUGUCAAUAAUGUGACAGUUCCAUCUCUGGACCAACUGUGUCAAAUUGUAAGUGAGCGGGAGCAACAGUCAUCAGUGAAGUUGAAUCGUGUAGCCACAGGACCUGUGAUAGAGAGUACAUCAGUGGCUCCCCGGCAGCGACCAAAGGCUUCCCAACACCCUUCUUCCCUUACUGCUGCUGUGGGUGCUCUUCCUCUAGGUUUACCACUUCAGAGCACGCAAGUUGAACUGAGUCCCACAAACGCCUUCCCAUGUGCUUUUUUGGGUGAUAUUUUCCCUCCUGCACACGUAUUCCCUACUAGUCAGUUGGGUCUCAGUGGGAGGCGGGAUCGGCGGCAGCACAGGAGCUGGUCACCCACAUGGUUGAUACUCAGACAGGCUCGGGAUAAAUGGAAGCUUUUCCCGCCCUCAGGCUAUCGAGAUCCUUUUCGGGAAGGUGAAGGAGAGUCAGCAACGUGUGGAACCCACUCCAUGAGCGGCAGUGUUGAGGGCUUAUUCUUGCCCCCUGUAGGCAACAUCUGCAGUGGACCACAAAGCCUGUCGCUAAGCCAGGGGUCUAUUGGGGGAGGUGUCGGGACACUGCAAGGGACUGCUGGCUUGGGUCCUGGGGGAAUGGGUGCUGCAGGUGGGCUAAUGAAGUACGAGAGUGACACUGCCAGCCUUGGUCACCAUCAUCAACAACAUCUUCCUGCACAAGUCUCACCAACGCUUCCUCAACAUCCACGGGUACAUAGACGGAAUGUUUCCGAUACUUCAGCUUUCAACAAGACAUUUGCUAAUGAGACAACACAGUUCCUUGCUCCUUUUGAGGCUUCAGUCAGGUGUAUAGAGAGAGAGAGUGGACCAACAAGCAUCAUACAGUCUGAAGAAGGAUCUCAGGAGGGUCUGGUCAGUUCAGAAGUCAACUUGGCCACUGCUGAAAUUCGGGCAUGGAAUCCUUUUAACGAUACAACUCCCUUCUGUCAAAUGUCCGAGGACCAUAUCUUCGGGGCAGAGUUUGACAAGAUUCGAAGAGGGUCUCAGAGUAGUAUAUCAAACGUGAAAAGUCGAGAGAGCUUAGUAAUGUCGACCGAGGAUGAUCCAUUUGGUGCUGCCCCAUUUAAUGCCCCCGGUACACGCCGGACAAAAAUCUCUUCCAAAGGUGGAAAUGAAUUACAGAUGAAUAGCAAUGAAGAUACUAAUGCUUCUCCAAAUGAUGCCACAACUGGUGGAGAUUCUAUGAUAACUGUGCUUCCACCUGUGUGUGAGCGAAGUCGGCACUCCAGUGUGUCCUCUCACGGCUCUCAUGACUCCAAGGAUGCUGCAACUGAUCAGACAACACUUGGACUAUCCUCGUCUUACUUCACACGACCUCCACUGGAAGACAGAUCUAAAUACGAAAAACUGCAAAACGCCCAUGAUGAGGAGAGUGAGGAUGAAGGGCAUGCUGAGUCAACAGGUCAAAGUAAGGAGCAGCAGCCCCUACAACAGCUGUCAAUUGAAUCGGCAGAGACUAGACAAAAGAGGCAUCGUCGAGAGAGAAAAAAGAGAGGGAAGAGUAAAAAGGAAGGGGAUGAAUCUGUUGGAGCAACUAAAGAUGGUAAAUCCGACAGUGUCUUCAUCUGUAGUGUAUCUGACGAUGACUCUAUAGGCUCGGCUAGUGAUUUAAAGGCCAGAAUUAAUGAUGAAUAUGAUUAUGACAACUGUGACCGUGGAGACAUCUCUGAAACCAUAAGUUCCUCAGUAUACCAUGCUGAGUGUGAGAGUGUCACUACCCAUGAGGAAGAUCCACAGAUAGCAGAGGGGGGUGAUCCUUCACAGCUUGUACGACGCGGACCAAAGCCAAGUAAGGCAGCCAUGCGAGCCCGUGCUCGAGCUCUCCAAGAACAAGAGAACAGAAAAUGUGCCCAAGAUAGACUAUUAGGACAUGAGUAUGGAGAGAAACCUCUCCUUCAAGAUGAUGAACUGGAUUCAGGAGAAGAGGAGAGCAAACUCUCUGAUGACCAAGAAGAUCAGCAUGUAGAACAACAACCUGCACAGCAGCCAGACCAAGUGACAGUGCGUUCCAACAUUUUUCACGUUCCAAGGCCAUUUAGGAAAACUUCCUUAGAUGAAUCUCAGAGGCAGCGGGAAUGUGCAGGUGAUGAAGAUGUUUUCGCCUUAGCUCCUUUUAAAACUUCACUUAAAAAGUUUAACAAAAAAGUCUUUCAGACACGUAGUCAACCAUCAAGUAACACAGUCUCCCCUUUAGAGUCAUCGAGCCAGCCCAUUAUAACGCCCCCAAUGGCAAACAGUUCCCCAGCUCCUGUUCACAUAGGCAGCCCAGAAGUACUAGAGCAAGUAGGUGAGCCAAUUAGAAUUCCUGUUCAAGCUGAUAUCAUUUAUGAGGAAUCUCCAAGUGAGGAGUAUCCUAUAUAUGAAAAUGUUGUCUUGAAUCCAAGUGGCAGUAGUAUAGAAAAUGGCACAAUAACUCCUGGUUAUCACCAUUAUGAGAAUGUCCCUGUACCUUUUCACAUAACUGCAGUUGUAGAGUCAUUAUCAAUUGUUAAUUCUGUUACAACUAAAAAUCCAUUUGUUAAUCCUUUUGUCAAUGAGAGUCCAGUUGCAGCUGGACUGGUAGUAGCUCAAGAGCCGCUAGCACACUUGCCAAGUCAGUCGGGAAGGUCGCCUGCUCAUACCGAACAAUCCUUGUCCGGAGCACCACUUAAAAUUUUUCAGCCCGGCCAAGGUGUAAUGUCCCAAAGUUUAGAUUCUCUCACUCCCAACUCAACUGCAGGAUCUGUGAAUUCACCCUCUUUUCAGAGUACAGACCUCUUUGGAUCAACACCUUUUAAUGAUGUCACAAUAUCAACAACUCCAUCUAGUGAUACCAAAGAAUUUUCAUCUCACAGUCAAACAGUCUUAAAUGGUGUUGCACAGUUUAGCAGUCCCAGUCAGUCACAAUAUUUCAGCCAGUCAGAUGUUACCUCACAUAUGCCUAUGCACACUUCUACUCCCCGUGCUCUCAAAAUCCAUCCCACUUCUCGUGGGAAAGAGGGAAAUUUGGCAGACCUCGAUGAUGCUGAUUUAUUUGGCGCUGUACCAUUUAAACCAGUUAUAGGACAGCGAACUAGCCAGAUGGCUGGUGGAAAAAGUCAAACAUUGCCAGCUAAUAUGAGCUCUGCUCUUCAAGCACAAAUGGCUCAGAUGGCACGUGAUGAUGGUCACAUGGAAAAGUUUUUUGGAGAGUUUAAAGUCUCCAAAUCGGUGAAGAAGUCAACACCCCCUAGUUUCCGCAAACCCAGAACUACACACCAAAAACUCUCAGACUCUGACACGUCCAGUGAUGAAGGUGCUGUGGCAGCCAAUAGAAAACCUAGGCAUAGAGAUCGUAGUAAAGAUAGAUUAAAAUAUAAGAACAUUAGUGAAGAAUUUGAAGAAGAAAAUAUGAUGGUGCUUCCAAUGAAACAAUUUGGGCAUUCUAAAAAGGAAAAAAUUAGCAAGAAAAGUAAAAAGCUUGAGAAGUUAGAUAAGAAAGUUGACAAACCAGAGAAAAGUGUAAGUUUUGAGUCUGUUGGAAUUUCUAAUAUGAGUUUUGAGGACUUUACCCUAGAAGAUAACCGGCGUGAGGCUGAUAGAAAUCGCCGGGAAUUAGAAAGGAGCAGACAAGAGGCAGGAGGUGGAGAUUCCCUUCAGAGUCCCGAGGAAGAUGACUCUGAUCUAAGAACCACUGGUGGCACACGCUUUGGAUCACUGAAACGAGGCAUCAAUCCUUUCUCCAAGUUAGGACGCUAAGAGUGACUUGAUAAUCGCUGAAAUGUCGUAGCAUAUACCUUUCAUGGAUGUAUUUGCUUGAGACUAUUAAUCUUAUGUUCAUUAAUACAGUGUUUUGAAGGAGUGUGUGUGCUAACACCAGGGUACAGAAUCUUUAGUAAAUUAUUUGUAAUAUAAUAAACUUACAAAAUAGGCAUAAUUAUUUCAGCAUUAUAAUAAAAACAAAUUUUUAUACAGUGAAAUUAUGCUUUUAUAAAUGAUGUGUUGUUAGUCCUUUUCAAGGGUGUUGGUUUACUGGAGAACUUUGUGGCGUCCAUUAGUGGUUGAUGAUGUCUCCACCAACACUGAUGAAAUAACUUUAUGGCAUCCAUUAGUGGUUGAUGACAUCUUUACCAACACUGGUAAAGCAACUUUGUGGCAUCCAUUAGUGGUUGAUGACAUCUUUACCAACACUGGUAAAGCAACUUUGUGGCAUCCAUUAGUGGUUGAUGACAUCUUUACCAACACUGGUAAAGCAACUUUGUGGCAUCCAUUAGUGGUUGAUGACAUCUUUACCAACACUGGUAAAGCAACUUUGUGGCAUCCAUUAGUGGUUGAUGACAUCUCCACCAACACUGAUCAAAUAACUUUGCAUAUCACAUAUCUAUUUGACACUGAAUUAUAAUAUGGAGGUGAGUGUAGGUUCCUCUCAAAGUCUCAAGUUAUCUAUCAGUUUGUUAUUAUCACCAGAACACAUAAUACAGUAUUGAACUUAUCUCUGAUGGCCUCAGAAAGGAAUUUACUCUUUGUGAUUGUAACAAAUCCUUAGAAACACAAGUGCUGAUUUUUUCUUCAUUAAGCAGAAAUAGUGAACUGAAAUGCCACCUCAAUAAAUUUAUAGCUAUAAACCAUAAUGUAAAAAUAAACCAGUGCUGACAAAGUUGGCCAAAUACUUGGUAAAUUUAUAGCUAUAAACUAUAAUAUUAUGUAGAAAAAAAACCUGUGCUGACGAAGUUGGCCAAAAUCUCCAAAUUCCACACCACACCCAGAGCCACAAAUACUCGAAUGCAUCUCUGUAAUGUGAAGUAAAGUUGAGUUUCUCUUGUGCAGGUAUAUUCUUAUGAAUUCUGCUGAGACACAGCCUUAGUGCAGCAAUAUUAUUUUUGCUGGAUAGUUGUAUGUGGCAGGUGUGUUGGUGCUGGAAUACUGACUGACUGAUUCAUGAGUAUAAUGUACUGCAUUGUCCAACAGAGGUGAUUAUAAUUUGCUAAUAUUGCUUUCUCAUUGAGAAAGUGUUUUGUAGAAGUUUAAUUUGCAUUGGAUAAUUUGAUAAAAAGUUUGCUCAAGUGUAAUCUUGACUCCUCAACUCAUACAUAACAAAAUUUCAGUUUGUAUAAUAACCUCGGUGGGAAACAGCUGAUGUGUUAAAAAAUAAAUUAAUAUAAUUUUAUUUGACAAGAUGACAAAGAAAUAUACCUAAAAGGUAUUACCGCUUUAUUUUAUAUAAAACUGUAUUAUGUUUUAAUUUUAAUUCAGCAGUGAUCAUUGUUGCAGACAUUAUACAAUGAUCAUUGUUGCAGACAUUAUACAAUGAUCAUUGAUUCAGACUUGACAUGAUCAUCGUUGCAGACAUUAUACAAUGAUCAUUGAUUCAGACUUGACAUGAUCAUCGUUGCAGACAUUACAUGAUGUUCAUUGUUGCAGAUGUUAUAUAAACACAAAGAUUAUUCUUCUGUUUAUGACACUAUUUAACUUUGGAGAAGUCAUGAAGAGACAGCUCCAAGUUUUCAGUAGUAUCACAUUUUAUUCUUGAAUUCAAAUACGUAUUUAGGUUAGAAUUUUGAUACAUUAUUUAUUUUGAAUGUUUUUUCUCUCUGGGUAAUUUGUUGGUUAAAAUAGUAAUGAAGUAGAUACAUUGAAAAAAUAAAACAUAUUUUUUAAAUGAGAAUAAAUUGCACUGGAGUACAGUAGUCAGGACAGACCAAAGUAGUGAGUGGCAGUGUAACUCAGUCCUCAUCACCUCUUAAUGUUUUUGGAAACUUGCUGACAGUGAAAGAGUAUAUUAAUAUACAGUAUAUUAUUAGGUUAGGACCAAAAUCAUGCACAACUGUCUGGUUAUGAAUUGUAAAUAUACUGCAGUACAUUAUUAUUAUUCUUAACUCUGUGUCAAAGUCUAAUUUAGUUAUAUACUGCUACAGUAUUUUCCUCUCUGUAUACUAGAGAUAAUCAUGCAGUAUGCUGUUAUAAACCACUGCAAUGUUUUUGUAUAUAUGUACUGCAGAUAAUACUAAUUCAGCAUGCUACUAUAAACUGCUGCAAAGUUUUUCUCUAUACUGAGGUAAUUCUGUAAUUCAGUAGUAUGCCAUUAUAGACUGCUGCAAUAUUUACUCUUAUGUAUGGAGAACAAUAAUGCAAUAUGCUGUAGCACAUGUUCGUCAAAUCACUAAAUUAAUUUCACUGACACUAAAUUAUUGGUGGUGUGCAGUAACAUCCAGAAAAGAUGAGGGGCAAGAUUACUUCAUUCAAAAAGGAAGAUAUGAGAGUUUCUUAUAUUUAAUUAUAUAGCCUCUCCUCACUUAACGACACACUCAUUUACUGAUGCCUCAGACUUAUGACAGGCUCUCUGACUAGUAUUUAUACCUAAAUAAUGUAUAUUGGAGUUGAUUUCCUCUAUUCUGUUUAUUUCAAUAUACAGUACACUACUGUAUAAACAUUUAAAAAUAUACCAGAAAUGUUAUAAAUGGUGUAAAGGUGACAUUAAAACAAUACCAAAGAUGGUUGACACAAACCCACUAACAUUAUAAUAUGCUCCUCACUUCGCGAUGAAUUCGUUUAACAACAAAAAAAGGCAUAAUACCGUGAGGAGAGGUUGUAUUUAAAUUUGAAUGCUUUGAAUGAGAAUAUUGAGAGUAGUGAAUAACUAAACUUUACCAGUCCUCUGCGAAAGCUCACUGAUCGCCAGAGUGUACUUAUCACAUGUGGUUAUCAUUCCUUCGUGGACCAGUGGCCUUUGCUGCAGUCCUCCUCAUAUUUUAUUAGGCAUCCAGUUUACUUUUAAAUUACUCUCAUUCUUUCAGAUAAACCUUAGUUAAUCAUACUUACUCUUCUUCACUGAAACUCCCCCAGCCCUUUUAGCUUUGUUUCACUCAGUGCUAAGACAUCUAGCUUUUCAAUCAUAACAUUAAUAAUUAAUCAGUUUGUUAGUAUCUGUCCUACAAGCACACACACAUUCCCAAAAACUCCACUCAGAAAUUUCCUUUAUCUUUUUUAGUAAUUACUGGCCCGUAGCUCCCAGAAUUUUAUUCACCUUCUACUAUAUGCAUUGCUUGUGGAAGAAGGAGUUUAAUCCAUUUUCCCCUGAAAUUUGAAAGGAAAUACAAGAGGGAUGAGGUGGAAAUUACAUUUUAUACAAUCUGAAGGAGGGGUGGAGAUGUUAGAGUUCAGAUGGUCAUUUGAAUUGUAAUAGUUGUGCACCUCUGGCAAGACAGCUAUUGAAUGAAUGAUGAUGAUUUAUUUUUUUUUAUCAUCCUGUUCUGGUGGAAGAUGGUUGAUGUGGUAACUUAAUAUGUAGUCUACUCACCUAUUUGUGGUUGCAGAGGUCAGUUCUCAGGCCUUGACCCCCACCUCUUAACUUCCCACUCUUUGGAUUCACUCCCUUUUAGCCUUGUGGGCCCUAUCAUACCUGUUCUUAAAAUAGUGUAUGGAGCCUUCCUCUACCACUUCCUCACCAAAGUCAUUCCAUUUCAGACUUCUGAGUCUGAAGAAAUACAUCUUAACAUCCUUGUGGCUCAUUUGUCCCUUUAACUUCCAGUGGUGUCACUAAGUUCCCAUUUCUCAAACAGCCUAUCCCUAUUUACCUUAUCAAUUCCUCUUGAGUGUAUUGUAUGUUGCUAUCAUGUCCCCCCUGGUUUUCUGUCCUCCAGUGUUGUUAGGUCUAAUUCCAUUAGCCUGUCCUUGUAGUUCAUGCCUCUUAGUUCAAGAACAGUCCUUGUUGCAUAUGCACUUUCUCCAGUUUCUUAACAUGCUUUUUCAGGUGCAGGUAAUACAUGUGUAUUUGAAUAUGAGUUAGUGUAUGACAGUAGUCACGUGUGUGUGUACUCACCUAUUUGUGGUUGCAGGGGUUGAGUCAUAGCUCCUGGCCCCGCCUCUUCACUGAUUGCUACUAGGUCCUCUCUCUCCCUGCUCCAUGAGCUUUAUCAUACCUCGCCUUAAAACUAUGUAUGGUUCCCGCCUCCACUACUUCACUUUCUAGGCUAUUCCAUAGCUUGACUACUCUAUGACAGAAGAAAUACUUCCUAACAUCCCAACAUGUGUGUACUCACCUAGUUGUACUCACCUAGUUGAGGUUGCGGGGGUCGAGUCCGAGCUCCUGGCCCCGCCUCUUCACUGAUCGCUACUAGGUCACUCUCCCUGAGCCGUGAGCUUUAUCAUACCUCUGCUUAAAGCUAUGUAUGGAUCCUGCCUCCACUACAUCGCUUCCCAAACUAUUCCACUUACUGACUACUCUGUGGCUGAAGAAAUACUUCCUAACAUCCCUGUGAUUCAUCUGUGUCUUCAGCUUCCAACUGUGUCCCCUUGUUACUGUGUCCAAUCUCUGGAACAUCCUGUCUUUGUCCACCUUGUCAAUUCCUCUCAGUAUUUUGUAUGUCGUUAUCAUGCCCCCCCUAUCUCUCCUGUCCUCCAGUGUCGUCAGGUUGAUUUCCCUUAACCUCUCCUCGUAGGACAUACCUCUUAGCUCUGGGACUAGUCUUGUUGCAAACCUUUGCACUUUCUCUAGUUUCUUCACAUGCUUGGCUAGGUGUGGGUUCCAAACUGGUGCCGCAUACUCCAAUAUGGGCCUAACAUACACGGUGUACAGGGUCCUGAAUGAUUCCUUAUUAAGAUGUCGGAAUGCUGUUCUGAGGUUUGCUAGGCACCCACAUGCUGCAGCAGUUAUUUGGUUGAUGUGCGCUUCAGGAGAUGUGCCUGGUGUUAUACUCACCCCAAGAUCUUUUUCCUUGAGUGAGGUUUGUAGUCUCUGACCCCCUAGACUGUACUCCGUCUGCGGCCUUCUUUGCCCUUCCCCAAUCUUCAUGACUUUGCACUUGGUGGGAUUGAACUCCAGGAGCCAAUUGCUGGACCAGGUCUGCAGCCUGUCCAGAUCCCUUUGUAGUUCUGCCUGGUCUUCGAUCGAGUGUAUUCUUCUCAUCAACUUCACGUCAUCUGCAAACAGGGACACCUCAGAGUCUAUUCCUUCCGUCAUGUCGUUCACAAAUACCAGAAACAGCACUGGUCCUAGGACUGACCCCUGCGGGACCCCGCUGGUCACAGGUGCCCACUCUGACACCUCGCCACGUACCAUGACUCGCUGCUGUCUUCCUGACAAGUAUUCCCUGAUCCAUUGUAGUGCCUUCCCUGUUAUCCCUGCUUGGUCCUCCAGUUUUUGCACCAAUCUCUUGUGUGGAACUGUGUCAAACGCCUUCUUGCAGUCCAAGAAAAUGCAAUGUGUGUGUGUGUGUGUGUACUCACCUAUUUGUACUCACCUAUUUGUGGUUGCAGGGGUUGAUUCAUAGCUCCUGGCCCCACCUCUUCGCUGAUUGCUACUAGGUCCUCUCUCUCCCUGCCCCAUGAGCUUUAUCAUACCUCGCCUUAAAACUAUGUAUGGUUCCUGCCUCCACUACGUCACUUUCUAGGCUAUUCCACGGCCUGACUACUCUAUGGUUGAAGAAAUACUUCCUAACAUCCCUUUGAUUCAUCUGAGUCUUCAACUUCCAAUUGUGACCUCUUGUGUCUUUGUCCCUUCUCUGGAGCAUCCCGUCUUUGUCCACCUUGUCUAUUCCGCGCAGUAUUUUAUAUGUCGUUAUCAUGUCUCCCCUGACCCUCCUGUCCUCCAGUGUCGUCAGGCCGAUUUCCCUCAACCUUUCUUCGUAGGACAAUCCCCGUAGCUCUGGGACUAGUCUUGUUGCAAACCUUUGCACUUUCUCUAAUUUCUUGACGUGCUUGACUAGGUGUGGAUUCCAAACUGGUGCUGCAUACUCCAGUAUGGGCCUGACGUAAAUGGUAUACAGAGUCUUGAACGAAUCCUUACUGAGGUAUCAGAACGCUAUCCGUAGGUUUGCCAGGCGCCCGUAUGCUGCAGCAGUUAUCUGAUUGAUGUGCGUCUCAGGAGAUAUACUCGGUGCUAUACUCACCCCCAGAUCUUUUUCCAUGAGUGAGGUUUGCAGUCUUUGGCCAUCUAAACUAUAUUGUGUCUGUGGUCUUCUUUGCCCUUCCCCAAUCUUCAUGACUUUGCAUUUGGCAGGGUUAAACUCAAGGAGCCAGUUGCUGGACCAUGCUUCCAGCCUGUCCAGGUCUCUUUAUAGUCCUGCCUGAUCCUCAUCCGAUUUGAUUCUUCUCAUUAACUUCACAUCAUCUGCAAACAAGGUCACUUCUGAGUCUAUCCCUUCUGUUAUGUCAUUCACAUAUACCAAGAACAACACAGGUCCUAUGACUGACCCCUGUGGAACACUGCUUGUCACAAGCUCCCACUCUGACGCCUCGUCACGUACCAUGACUCGUUGUUGCCUCCCUGUCAGGUAUUCUCUGAUCCAUUGCAGUGCCUUUCCUGUUUUGUGUGCCUGAUCCUCUAGCUUUUGCAGUAACCUCUUGUGAGGAACUGUGUCGAAGGCCUUCUUGCAGUCCAAAAAAAUGCAGUUGAUCCACCCCUCUCUCUCUUGUCUUACUUCUGUCACCUUGUCAUAAAACUCUAGUAGGUUUGUGACACAGGAUUUUCCUUCCCUGAAACCGUGCUGGUUGUCAAUUAUACACUUGUUUCUUUCCAGGUGCUCCACCACUCUCCUCCUGAUGAUCUUCUCCAUGACCUUGCAUAAUACACGUUAGUGAUACAGGUCUGUAGUUUAGUGCCUCAUGUCUGUCUCCCUUUUUAAAAAUUGGGACUACAUUUGCCAUCUUCCAUACCUCAGGGAGUUGCCCAGUUUGAAAUGAUGUGUUGAAGAUCUUUGUUAAUGGCACACACAAUAUCUCUGCUCCCUCUUUAAGGACCCACGGAGAGAUGUUGUCUGGUCCCACCGCCUUUGAGGUGUCAAGUUCGCAUAGCAGCUUCUUCACUUCCUCCUUGGUUAUAUGUACCUCAUCCAGCACUUGCUGGUGUACCCCCCCCUGUUCUGAUUUCCUGGAGUCCUACUGGUUUCCACUGUAAAUACUUCUUUAAAUCUCGUGUUGAGCUCCUCACAUACCUCUCGGUCGUUUCUUGUGAAUUCCCCAUCACCCUUCCUCAGUCUGAUUACCUGGUCCUUGACUGUUGUUUUUCUCCUGAUGUGGCUGUACAACAGCUUUGGGUCAGUCUUGACUUUCGAUGCUGUGUCAUUUUCAUAUUGUCACUGAGCCUUCCUUCAUAUCUGUGCAUAUUCAUUUCUGGCUCUUCAGCUAAUCUCUUUAUUUUCCUGAGUUCUCUGUCUUCCGUACCUUUUCCAUUCUCUAGUACACCUAGUUUUUGCCUCCCUACACCUUUGGGUGAACCAAGGACUCGUUCUGUUCUUCCCAUUAUUUCUGUUUCCCUUGGGAACAAACCUCUCCUCUGCCUCCUUCCAUUUUGUUGCCACAUAGUUCAUCAUUUCUUGUACUAGUUUUCCUGUCAGUUCCCUCUCCCACUGAAUGUUUUGAAGGAAGUUCCUCAUGACUGAGUAGUUCCCCCUUUUGUAGUUUGGUUUUUCCCACCCUAUUCCUGCUACUCUCUCCACUUGGAGCUCAACUAUGUAGUCGAAGCACAGAACCACGUGAUCACUAGCUCCCAGGGGCCUUUCAUACAAGAUAUCCUCGAUGUCCGAACUACUCAAGGUGAAUACAAGGUCCAGUCUUGCUGGUUCAUCUUCUCGUCUCUCUCUGGUAGUGUCUCUAACAUGUUGAUGCAUGAGGUUUUCCAGUACCACAUCCAUCAUCUUGGCUCUCCAUGUUUUGGGACCCCCAUAGGGCUCCAGGUUUUCCCAGUCAAUCUCCUUGUGCAUAAUUGAAAUCACCCAUAACUAGUAACUUUGCUCCCCCCAUGUGUGCUCUCCUGGCCACCUCGGCUAGUGUGUCGACCAUUGCUCUGUUUUGUGUGUGUGUGUGUGUGUGUGUGUGUGUGUGUGUGUGUGUGUGUGUAUGUGUGUGUGUGUGUGUGUGUGUGUGUGUGUGUCUGUCUGUCUGUCUGUCUGUCUGUCUGUGUCUGUACUGUACUGUACUGUGCUGUAUUUCCUGGAAUGCAGGCAAAAGAGAUACAUGAUAAUAUACACUUGGAAAAUCCUAGAGGGAUUAGUACCGAACUUGCCCCCAAAAAUCACUCUCUAUGAAAGCAAAAGACUCGGCAGGAAAUGCAACAUUCCCCAAUGAAAAACAGGUACCACACAUACACUGAGAGACAACACAAUAAAUGUCAAGGGCCCAAGACUAUUCAACUGUCUCCCAGCAUACAUAAGGGGGAUUACCAAUAGACCCCUGACUGUCUUCAAGAAGGCACUGGACAGGCACCUAAAGUCACUACCUGACCAGCUGGGCUGUGGUUCAUAAUUCAAAUUCAAAUUCAAAGUUUAUUCUAUAUAAGGAUUACAAUGCUGAGUUUACAGAAUUUGGUUAUUGUGUGGUUUACAUGUAGUAAAAUAAUAAUUACAGAGUGUACCACUAGAACACCUAGCAUGGCUAGGCAUUUCAGGCAGACUUAAAUCUUAAGUUUAAAAUAUUACAAAAUUAUGAGGUAAGUUGGUAUUAUGGCUAAGUGACUAAAUACUAGUUUGUGAGUUUAGCAAUGUAAAUGCUUUUGUUUUGGCACUAUACAUAGUUUCAGUAUUGGAGUAUCACAGGCCAACUUAUGACUAGUUAAGAUUCAUUAUUUUGAGAUUGAGAUUGAUAUUUCUGUUUAUGGUCAAAUGGGUGAGUGAGUGUAAGUGUUAACCACCAGGUGGUAUUCGUGUAAUUAGUUGACAGGGUGUAUCAGGGUGAUAAGAUGUUUUCUGAUGGUAGUUUUGAAGGUGAUGAAUGUGUCUGCAGUUUUAGAAUUUUCAGGUAGGGUGUUCCAGAUUUUAGGGCCUUUGACAUACAUACGUCAGUUUGUGUGUAGCCAGCAGUAACAGCCUGGUUGAUCAGACCCUGAUCAACCAUGAGGCCUGGUCUCAGACUGGGCCAUGGGGCUGUUGAUCCCCGCAACCCUCUCCAGGUAUACUGUAGUGUCUGUGUCUGUAUCUUUAUCUAUCUGUCCCUUGUUCUUUGUAAUGGAUGUGUUCCAGGCCCUUGGUACAUAAAGUGAAAUAGCAUAAAUUGAACCUAGUUUAACCUGUACUGUACAUACAACAUAAUAAUACAUUGUGAGACCUCAAAUUUCAUAUUUCUCAACUUAUGAAUUUGGUAAAAGAAAAAACUGGGAAUGGUUGGGAGAGAAUAUGACAUAUAUAACCUGGACUAAUAGGCCUACUGCAGCGCUCCUGUGUUCUUAUUUAGGGUAGCAAUGGUUUAGCAAUAAUUAUUUAUGAGUGGGAAUGGUUGAGAAGUGUAGGACUUACCUAGUGCUGACUAUUAGACCUGCUGAGCUUGGCUGAUUGCUUCUGAGACAGUAUAUUCCACACAGUGAAUUACUGGUAGAAAUUGGGUCAUCACAUAUAAGUAAAUUCACAUAAGAUGAACCUAUAUAGAGUGAGAGGGAAAAAACAACUGUGUUGAAGAACAUGACACAUGUGCAACACUUGGGUAUCUUUAUUUUGGUGAAGAUGUUACACUCUCAGUCCAAUCAGAGAAUAAAUAAUGAUGACAAUGCUACAAGUGGAGAAGUAAUUUUGUGGUUUUUAGUGCUUUAGCUUUGAUCAAGACUGAGGGACUGAAAACCUCAAAAUUAGAUAGAUAAGCUGAUAGAUAUUGAGUUACUGCUGAAAUGACUGAGAAGACAUUGGCAUAUGGCAGGUGUGAUACUCUGCUGUAUAAGGGUGUGUAUUUUUUUUAAGUUUGGAUGACAUUAUUCACAAAACAUUCCAUUAUAUUUUGAAAAAUAAUACAUUCCAUGAGAACUAGUGACAUGCCUUUCAGUUUGUUUCAAUCAUGUAUUUAUUUUAGUUUCAAUCGGUUUAAUUGCCAGCAUAAAUGUAGUAAUUUUUCAAGAGGCAAUUGGACUAGUUCUUGCAAUAAAUAUCUUGCCAGCCAGGUUAUGAUUGCUCUGUAGCCUACUGGUUGAUGGCAGUGAUUGCCUGGUUGAUCAAGCAGUCAACACAGGAAUCUGAUGUUUGAUUGAUAGUAGGAUCCUUGAAACAUGCCACAGGUACUAUGUACUGUGACGUAUGCAACAUUUGGGUAUCUUUAUUACCCAGGUGUUGCAUAUGUCUCUUAUUUGUCAGUCUGUCAGUAUUGGAUACAUCAACAAUAUGGUAUAAGUACUAAGUGCCACUCUAAAGGGUCAUUACCAAUCACAGCACCUUAUAUUGUUUAAAAUUAUGAUCAAGUUAUUUCAAUAAGUUUUUUGCAAAAUACGUACUUAUAAAACUUGAAAAUUUAGAGUCACAAUACUGUGGCUGGAACAAUUCACAACUAAUCCAUAAUUUGAAGAUAAAAUUUACAGGACAUUUUGGUCCCUUCUGGACCAAAACAUUGUGCAAGCUUUAUUUCCAAGUUCUGGGUCACUUGUGAUUUAGUUGUCAGUGGUAUGGUGGUACUGACACGCUGCAGAAGAGGACCCCUGUGUACGCCCCAGAAUAUUUAUGAAAGGAAAUGUUUCACAACAAAUGUCUCCAUCAUUAGAACUGGUAAAACCAUGAGUGGUGAAACAUUUGCAUUAAUAAAUAUCCUGAACUGUAAUUACAAGUGUCUUUUUCCACACUUGUGAUUUAUUAAACUUCAGGAAGAGGCAACUUAUUUUCAACAAUGCUGAAUAUUUUAAUUAUAUCAUUGUUUGCAGUCCAAUAUUUUUAAUAUUACAUACAAAUUCUUCAUUGAUUAUUUUGUACUUGUCAACUUGUGCUAGCUUUAUAUUUAGUAACUCAUACGUCACUGAAAGCAAGUUUCUAAAAUCAAUAAUAUUAUGUUAGAGGUCUUUAGUGUAAAGCAGCAUCAUAUCCAGACAAUGCAUUUCCUAAUAAUUGAAAUACUUAAAAAGCUGCCAUUUAUACAAACUACAAUUUUAAUAUUUUUUUAAAGAACUUUGAUUGUUCAAAAAAUAUCACAAAAUUUAUUUUUCAACAUUGUGUUUUCAAUGGUAUGUUUUGUUAACUAUAUUUGUUUUAUAUUCUGUGAUUCACUUUGAAAGACUGAGGAUUAAUUCUCUAGAAAAUUGUGCUAUGAAUGUGGAGUCAGGUAUGCAGCUGGUAUUUUGAUUUUUUAUAUGUAGCAGUUUAUGCACUUUUGAGUUGCCUGCUAAAUUAAUCUCACAUAAUAGAACCAUUAAUAUAUUCUAGUUAAUUUGUAGUUUGUGUAAUCUUUUAUUGUCUUUUGUUAUAUUACACUUGCAGUGACUUGUCAAGCCUCGUCUUCUCAGUAACAUUGUAUCAUCUAUCACAGUAGUACACUAGUAUGACAGGAAAGUUAAAAACUGACUAAAUGAAAGCUGAUACUCUGUCUUAAUUCAGUAUGACUUAAGGAAAACAUGAGUGUGUGUGUGUGUGUGUGUGUGUGUGUGUGUGUGUGUGUGUGUGUGUGUGUGUGUGUGUGUGUGUGUGUGUGUGUGUGUAAUUAUACCUAUGUGUAAUUCUCUUGACUAUAGUAGUACUUUCAAUUAUCUUAUCAUACAAUAUUAAUAAUUAUAUAAUACUUUCUGUUUACACCAAAUCUAUAUUUGCUAGAUGUGUAGUGGGGAAGAAUACACAACUGUAUUGUGCAUAGUUCUUGCAGAAAUUUUAUUAAUGGCUAAUCUUAGUGUAAAUCUAAGAAAAAAUCAAAAUAUAUUAGUUGAAUAUGUAUAUGGUUAGGUAAUGAGUUCAGAACAGAAAAAUGGAAAUAAUUUUAUAUUGAUUAUUGUGGAAGGAUAUGAAUACAAUAUUUUAGAAAGUUUCCAAUGGCUGUGAAAGCCCUAGCACGUGAAGUCACACUUCACACUUCUUCCAUCUUAUAUAGGCAACUCUUCAUUGUCUAGAGACAUGUGACCCUCAUGUCUGCAUCCCUCCAUAAUGUAGCACUAUAUGACCCUGACAUUUUUGGGGAUUAUCAUUCAGUAAUAAUAAUCUUUAGUGAUAAACUACCAAAGGCUUAACCUUAAACUCAGUUGCUGUAUCACCACUAAAAUACAAGACAUCUGUAGUCGCCUUAAAAUUUGGAGCAGUCUUAUUCUUGGCAGAUAUGGUAACCACUUGCAAUACAGCUAAGUUUGGUUAACAUUCGAACACUUUGUGAUGUGUAGCUGCCACCACCUAUGAUUUGUUUCAGAACAUUUAGAUGAAGAGUCAACAGCUUUGGAAUCAACCCUUUCAGGGUUGGUGCCAUACUAGUACAGCUUGCACGCCAGGGUUAGUGCCGUACUAGUACAGCUUGCACGCCAGGGUUGGUGCCGUACUAGUACGCAUAAAUUCUAACGCCUUCAAAUCUAGCGAGAGAAAGCUGGUAGGCCUACAUAUGAAAGAAUGGGUCUGUGUGGUCAGUGUCCGCAGUAUAAAAAAAUCCUGCAGCACACAGUGCAUAACGAGAAAAAAAACUCCGACUGUGUUUUUGGUUUAAAACAGCGACUUUGCAGUGUAUUUUCAUAUGUUAUUUAAGAUUAUAUUCUAGUUUUCCUGGUCUCAUUUUAUAGAAUGGAAGACAUAUUACGGAAAUUAAGAUAAUUUUUAUUGGUUUUACAAUGAAAAGUACCUUGAAAUUGAGCUCGAAGUAGCAGAAAUGUUCGAUUUUUGCUGAAGUUCAAAAGUAAAUAAAUCAAGCCAUGUGUCCAAUACACGUCAACUGGUGAGUCUAAUAUUCUUUCACAAGUGUGCUGAUAUUACUUAUAUCAUUUCUACCCCAUUUCUACACUAAUGCAGUAUUCUGCAUAACAGUAAAUCUUCUAUUUUUUGUGAGAAUAAAAAUUCAAAGUGGAAAGCAAAAGAAAUGUAACAGAGGCCUGGGGAUGUGACUAAUGAACAGAGGAAAUGUUAUUUUAGUUAUGUUAGUUUUAUGUUAUGUUAGUUUAUGUUAUGUUAGUUAGUUAUUCUGGACUCUAUUUGGAAAUUGGUAUCUUUUGAAAUUUGUGUGAAAUUGGCAAAAUUGCCAAUUUCAGACCACUUUAUUGGAUAGUUGAAAUCGGUAAAUGGGUGGUUUCUUGUACUCAUUCGAUAGAAAAAAUGAAGUUCUAAUGAAAUAGUUAUGAUUUUUGUUGACUGGUACAUUGGAAUUGGCCGAAAAUAGGGCUCAAAGUGGACGAAAUCGUCAAUACGUAAACAUCGUCAAGACCUCUAACUUCGCGAGAGCAUAAUUCCGUAAGUUUUCCAUCAAAUUUCAUACUUUUGGUGUCAUUAUGAUCGGGAAAAGAUUCUCUAUCAUUUCAUUAGGAAAAAUAAUUUUUUUUUUUCGAAAAAUUUCCGACCCUGAGAACAAGUUUAGAAGAGGGCCUGCCAACCCUGAAAGGGUUAACACUUGCAGCUACACUUACAAGAGAUUAGAUAGAUUUUGCCACUGAAGUGGCUAGUUUAUUGUGCACCCCAUAUCCAUCCUGUGGAUGGUAGCAGAAGGGCAUAUGGAUACACAAAAGGCCUAGGACCUAGGCCCCAAAAGGGUUAACAGGUGUACAUAUGGGUUUAUAUUUACAUAUCUACAGUUUACUUAUCUGUUACAAGCAAAUUUAGGAAAUUUCCUUAGUAUAUGUGGUAUCUUAUUUUCAUUAAUAAGAUAUCUUGACAUGUCACAUAAGUUAUUAUACUGUCUGUCUCUGUAUUCCUCAAUAAGUGGACAAUUAAGCACAUAGUGUUCAAGACAGUGACCAUAUGCCUGAUCACAUAAUUUGCAUUUAGUAGUUUGAUGAUCAUCUGUGUGUCUCCCAAACUGCCAGAAGUACUUGUAACCAAGCCUAAUUCUGGCCACUACAACAUCAGUCAGUCUGUUCACAUUACAACUUGCUCCAUAACCAUACUUAUCUACAUUCAUGUUAUCAUAGUGGGUUAUAGAUCUACUCAGGCUUCUAACUGCAUUCCUAUAACAAUCAUUUUCAUUAUUUGCUUCCUAAUAUUAUUCCUAAUGCUAGACACAGAUAUACCAAAGUUAUAUUCUACAUUCUCCUGGGUACUCUUCUUGGCUAACAUAUCAACUUUAUCAUGAAGGAGUAAUCCAAUGUGUGAUGGGAUCCAUAGCAAUUGUACAUUAAUUCCUUUGUCCCGGAUUUUUGAGUAUCUAUACCUGGCUUCUCCAGUGAGCAUGUUGUUGGAGUCAUUAUAUGAGUCAAGAGCCUUCAAUGAUGACAUAGAAUCAGUAAUGAUGAUAGAGUCAAGUUCAGUGUCAUAAGUUAGCUUUAGCGCCAUUAGGAUUGCAAACAAUUCAGUUGACAGUGUAGACGCCCAGUUGUUAAUUCUUAUGCCUAGUUCAACAAGUUUAUUAUCGUUCUUAACUAGGGAGGUGGCAACAAGAGCAGAUGCAGCCCUGCCAGAAGACUCCUGUUUAGACCCAUCAUUGUAUAUAACUUGUGAUAACUUAUUACUACCAGCUAGGCGAGAAGUUUCUUCUUGAGCAGUUGUUUUAACAAGUGAUUUAAGGAAGGAUUACUAGCAAUGAGCUUCUUGGAAGGGACUUGCAGGUAUGUGGUAUUAAAUGAACACAACUUCCAUGGAGGGGUGAAAUGCUCUUGUUGUCUACAGUGAUACAGUUCAUGCAGGUUAUAAAACUUUAUGUAAUUGCACUUACAAUAGUAUGAAAACUCAUUAUUUCUGAACUCUCACUAUGCUUAAAUUAAUCAGUAGCAAUAGCUGUUUGAUAAGCCAAUGUUGCAGACCACACUUCAUGACCCCUACAUCUUCAUGUAGUUAGUGACACUUCAUGACCCCUACAUCUUCAUGUAGUUAGUGACACUUCAUGACCCCUACAUCUUCAUGUAGUUAGUGACACUUCAUGACCCCUACAUCUUCAUGUAGUUAGUGACACUUCAUGACCCCUACAUCUUCAUGUAGUUAGCCACACUUCACGAUCCGUACAUCUUCAUGUAGUUACCCACACCUCAUGACCCCUCAUCAUGACUCUCAUAUUCAUGACUCCCAACAUCAUAAUACUUUCAUUAUGACCCUCACAUAAUGACUCUCACAUUAUAACCCCAACAUAACUAUCCUAACAUCACAAUCCUCAUGUCACAGCCCCAUCAUCACAACCCUCAUGUCAUGACCCCGAACAUUAUGGCCCUUAUAUCUCAACCACCACAUGUUGUUGGUGAUCGUACUUCAUGACCUUCACAUCACAACUGCCACAUCCUGACAUAGUUGGUCAUAUAGAUAGAUGGUUCAGAGAACCAGCAGGCUGAUGAAUUAAACACUUGUGAAACACUUAGCUAUCUUUAUUGUGGAAACAUUUCACCAAUCAGUGGCUUCCUCACUCCAAUACAGAGAGAAUAGUUGAAGAUCAGAGGGAGUUUGAGGUAAUCAGUCCCUCUGCCUGGAGUCAAUGUGAUCGGUCCAUCAAUCUUUUCAGUCAUAUCAGAUUGAUGAACUGAUCACAAUGACUCCAGGCUGAGGAACUGAUUACCUCAAACUCCUUUUGAUCUUCAAUCAUUCUUUUCUAUAAUAUUAUACUGAGGAAGCCACUGGUUGGUGAAAUGUUUCCACAAUAAAGACAUGUAAGUGCUGCACGAGUGUCUAAUUCAUCAUAGCUGGUCAUGCUUUAUGACCUCACUGUAGGCAAAAAUAUUGCUUCAUUAUACAGAAUAUUUAUUAACUGCAGUAGGCACUGUUAGCCUCCCACCCUCCUGUGUUCAUGUCUUCCUGAGCUUGUAAAGUUUGCUUCUCAGUGAGUACACAGCACUAUGUUUCAAAUGCAUUAACAUAUUUCUCAGUUGGACUAAUAUAAAUGCUAGCUUACUUAUAAAUGUUACAUAGAAAAAACAAAAUCAUUGGAAAGGUAAUUACCAGGUUAGAAAGACUUCCAUCACACUAUAGGCUUUAAAUGAUAAACACUGAUACAAUGUAUAAAUUAGCACUUCUCAAACAAUUAGCUACAGCCCUCUCAAGUAAGUGCUUCCCUUCAGAGAAGAUGCCUUGAUACUGGUGAAGGGCUCUUGGUCCAAGGAAAUGGAGGCUGCUCUUCCUUUAAUUGGAUCAUUCCUGAUUACCUCUCAUUCCCCUCAGAUGCUAUAUAACCUUCACAAGCCUAGCUCUUCCUCAUGAAUAUUAUAACAAUAAUGACUGGUGGAUUACCUAGUAAGUUGGCUAAGAAACUGCACUAAUGUUGAGUAAUACAAGUCGUUAAAUGAUUCAUCAGAACAACAGUUGUUUAGCUAAAUGUUAUUUGAAGUGGUUCUUUGUCAUUGUUUAAUACAUGUAGUGGUUUUCUGUCAUGACAGUGGGUCAUCAUAAGAUUUCUUUUUUUGUGUAUUAAUGAUGAUGCAAAUUUUUUGUUUGAAUAUAACCUCUUAUAGAGGAAUUUUAUCUUUUGUAACUAAGAGAAAAAUGCAAAUGUUUGCAUUAGUACCAGUAAUAUUAUGUUUUAUAUGAAGUGCUAAACCCAUAUGGGUCAUGGAUUGUGAGGAGUGUUGGGGGCACGGUUUUCUGUCUAGUAAUCAUGAGACAGACACUACUCUCCCAGCCAGGCUUUCCCCAGUAAAUAUCUACACAGUUGUAAGGAUUGUACCACACUGCCAUUUUACAUAAGACUAGCCAUUUACUUGAUAGUGUGAUUAUGAAUUAUUUUCCUAAGAUAGUCAAUAGGUCACCCAUUCCUUUGCCUGUUUAUCUGUACUCUUUGACUGAAAUCCUAAGAAGUGAAGUCAGUACUGUUGUUUAAUAUUUGCUGCAGAGGCAAGGUUUGGUUUGAAAAUAUGGGUCAAGUUAUUUUGCACAAUUAAAGGGUUAUGUGUAACAUUAUCAAUAAUGUAUUUUAUUUUGCUGUUGCUACAUAUUUAGAUAUGAUUGUAUAAUUUAUUUAGCCAGACUGACAUAUAAAAUAAACGAUCAGUUUAAAUAGGUGAUGCUCUAAAUUAUGUAGGCAUAUACUUAUAUAAUUGUUCAGUUAUACAUGUUAAUUUAUUGAGGUAAACUGGAAUCGCCUGUAUUCAGAAGUGUAAUCGUCUUGAAUGCCGUUGUAAAUAGUAAUUCUGUAACUGAUAAUCUGUUUACUUCCAUGAACUCUUCCUAAUGAAGAAUUAGCGACCACAGAAGUGUGCAUGUUAAGAGAAGUGUGCCUGUGACCACAAAAGUGUGUGACCAUAGGUGUGUGUGUGUGUGUGUAUGUGGUCAUUUAAGUAUAUGUAUGAACAUAUAAGUGUGAGUGUGACCAUAGAAGCGUAUGUGCAACCAAGGAAGUGUGCUUUGUGAGUCACUGAUGGCUGAGUGACUUAGAGAGAGAGAGAGAGAGAGAGUGUGUGUGUGUGUGUGUGUGUGUGUGUGUGUGUGUGUGUACUCGCCAAGUUGUACUCACCAAAUUGUGGUUGCAGGGGUCGAGACUCAGCUCCUGAUUGCUACUGGGUCCUCUCCCUCUCUGCUUCCUGAGCUUUGUCAUAUCUCUUCUUAAAACUAUGUAUGGUUCCUGCCUCCACUACUUCACUUGCUAGGCUAUUCCACUUCCUGACAACUUUAUGACUGAAGAAAUGCUUCCUAACGUCCCUGUGACUCGUCUGAGUCUUCAGCUUCCAAUUGUGACCCCUUGUUUCUGUGUCCCCUCUCUGGAACAUCCUGUCUCUGUCCACCUUGUCUAUUCCCUGCAGUAUCUUGUAUGUCGUUAUCAUGUCUCCCCUGACCCUUCUGUCCUCCAGUGUCGUCAGUCCGAUUUCCCUCAACCUUUCCUCGUACGACAUUCCCCUGAGCUCUGGAACUAGCCUUGUUGCAAACCUUUAUACUUUCUCUAACUUCUUGACGUGCUUGACCAGGUGUGGGUUCCAGACUGGUGCUGCAUACUCCAGUAUGGGCCUAACAUACACAGUGUACAGUGUCUUGAACGAUUCCUUAUUAAGGUAUCAGAACGCUAUUCUCAGGUUUGCCAGGCGCCCGUAUGCUGCAGCCGUUAUUUGGUUGAUGUGUGCCUCCGGUGACGUGCUCGGUGUUAUGGUCACCCCAAGAUCUUUCUCCCUGAUUGAGGUCUGUAGUCAUUGUCCACCUAGCCUAUACUCUGUCUGCGGUCUUCUUUGUCCCUCCCCAAUCUUCAUGACUUUGAAGGUUUGAAUUCGAGAAGCCAGUUUCUGGACCACGUUUCCAGCCUGUCCGGGUCUCUUUGCAGUCCUGCCUCAUCCUCAUCCGAUUUAAUUCUUCUCAUCAGCUUCACAUCAUCUGCGAAUAGGGACACUUCAGAGUCUAUUCCUUCCAUCAUGUCGUUCACAUAUAUCAAAAAUAGCACUGGUCCUAGAACUGACCCCUGUGGGACCCCGCUCGUCACAGGCGCCCACUGUGAUACCUCUUCACGUACCAUGACUUGUUGUUGCCUCCCUGUCAGGUAUUCCCUGAUCCAUUGCAGUGCCCUCCCUGUUAUAUGCGCCUGAUCCUCCGGCUUCUGCACUAAUCUCUUGUGAGGAACUGUGUCAAAGGCCUUCCUGCAGUCUAGGAAAAUGCAAUCAACCCACCCCUCUCGUGUCUUACUUCUGUUACCUUGUCAUAAAACUCCAGAAGGUUUGUGACACAGGAUUUGCCUUCCAUGAACCCAUGCUGGUUUUCAUUUAUAAUCUUGUUCCGUUCCAGGUGUUCCACCACUCUCCUCCUGAUAAUCUUCUCUAUAACUUUGCAUACUAUACAAGUCAGAGACACAGGUCUGUAGUUUAGUGCUUCGUUUCUGUUUCCUUUCUUAAAUAUGGGGACUACAUUUGCUGUCUUCCAUUUAUCAGGUAGUUGCCCAGUUUCAAGGGAUGUGUUGAAGAUUGUGGUUAGGGGCACGCACAGCAUCUCUGCUCCUUCUCUAAGAACCCACGGGGAGAUGUUGUCUGGUCCCAUCGCCUUUGAGGUAUCAAGGUCACUUAGCAGCUUCUGCACCUCCUCCUCGGUUGUUCGUAUGUCAUCCAACACUUGUUGGUAUAUUCCCUCUUGAUGUUCCCUUCUGUGCUGUCUUCCCAGAGCCCUUCCUGUCUCUACUGUAAAAACUUCCUUAAAUCUCCUGUUUAGCUCCUCACAUACCUCCUGAUCAUUUAUUGUGAGUUCUCCACCUUCUGUCCUCAGUCUGAUCACCUGGUUUUUGACUGUUAUCAUCCUCCUGAUGUGGCUAUAAAACAGUUUCAGGUCAGUCUUGACUUUCGAUGCUAUGUUAUUUUCAUACUGUCGUUGGGCCUCCGUCCUUACCUGUGCGUACUCAUUCCUGGCUCUGCGACUAAUCUCCCUAUUUUCAUGUGUUCUCUGCCUUCUGUACUUUUUCCAUUCUCUAUUGCACUUUGUUUUUGCCUCCUUACACCGUCGGGUAAACCAGGGGCUCGUUCUGGUCUUCCCAUUGUUUCUGUUGCCCUUGGGAAUAAACCUUUCCACUGCCUCCUUGCAUUUUGUUGUGUGUGUGUGUGUGUGUGUGUGUGUGUGUGUGUGUGUGUGUGUGUGCACGUGCACGUGUGCGUGUACAUGUACUCAUGGAGUGAGUUGUGUGACCAUACAAGUGUGUGUGUGGCCGCUGAAGUAUGUGUAAUGAGUCACUGAAGGAUUUGUAACCACAGAAGUAUGUGUAGCAAGUCAGUAAAGGCUUUACAAAAAUUAGGAAAUGUGCAUUUAGAACAUGGUGGAUUGCUGUAUGUAUUUAUUUUAGUGGAGUUGACAGCUACGAGUUUGAAAUGUGAUUCGCUAUUAAUAAAUAUAUUCUGUACAUGAACGCCUUUUUCAUUUUAAUUUAAUGAUACCAUUUUUCCAGCAAAUUAUAAUUCAGUUAAUAUUGGAGACCAGUGGUUACUGUUUAGGCUCAAGGUUAAGCAAAUGGUACAUUUGUAGGGAGUACCAUAGACUGUUACACAAAUUACAAUUCAAAAAGAAAAGGUCUUUUUAACAUGUGAAAAAAAGUAUGUAUGAUAGAUAAUACAAUCACUAAAAUACAUUAGGAACACUAAUGAUUUAUUAACAGUAUUGAAUGACUUUAUUUUCCCUCUUGCUCACAUAAUUACAUGCAGUGUGUGUUUGUUACUUGUGUCAGCAUCUCAGUCUGAGGAGAACUGUUGCCUUCCAUAAUAUAUAGUGUGCUGUAUUGCUUUAGCUUACAGUGAGUCAGGAAGGGUUACUUUCCUUAUUGUAGAAUAAGGGUAUAGACCUUAAGGAAACUCGGACUCCUGCUCAAAAUUCUGGAUCAUGGAUUUCUCUGGCUACUGCUGCUACUGUUGUUGAUUAAUAGUAAUAUGUUGUUGAUGAAUUUGCCUUAAUAGUCUAUUUAAAAAAAGGUAAUAAGUUCAUGGUAUUUAUCUUGUAUUUAUGUAUAUAUAUUAAAAUGUGAAUUAAACUUGGUAUGAGCA